ACUCCCUACCAAAACGGAAGGAAAGCAGAAAGAGAGAACGGGAUGUAUGAUCGACGCCGAUGAUCCCUCCUCCCUCUUCAAAACCCUAAUCUGUUUCGAUCAUCAAUUUUUUUGAAUUGAAUAGUAUAAGUUGUUAAUCAACAUCUCAUUCUUUGAUUAGCCCUAAAUUAAAUAUAACCGCCAUGACUGCAGAAUCUUCAUCCGAUAACCUUUUAGCCCCUUCAUCUGUAGUUUCUGUGGACACGACCAUCAAUCAGCAGCAGCAGCAGCGAACUGCAUGGGCUCAAGUCGUUCGAGGCGAACACGAAGCAGCUGAGGAAGUUUCGUUUUCGGAUUGUUCAAAGGAGACUCAGAUGGGGAACUCUGAUAGUAAUCAGAGCAAUGUCGAUCAUCCCAAGAAGCCAGCUUGGAACAAACCCUUGAAUGGUGUAGUUGGGGUUGGUCCUGUGAUGGGUGGUGAUGUAUCUUGGCCUGCUCUUUCAGAAUCCACUAAGACUCCUUUCAAAUCAGCCUCUGAUUCUUCAAAACCCUCUGAUUCUUCAAAACCCAUAUCUGAUUCAUCAGUCUCCACCUCUCAGGUACCUGUAAUCUCACAUUCACCUAAGAAACAUGCUAAUACUAACCCAAACCCUAAUUUUACUCCAAACCAUACAAUGCCAGUUCGACAAAGAUUUUCGAAACGUGGCGGGGGCACUGGGGGUGGAUCGGUGCAUAGUGGUUUUAAUCGCCCCCCACCGCCGCCGCCACCACCGCUACCACUGCCACUGCCGCUGCCACCGCUGCCACCGCCAUUUCCUCUAUAUGAAAUGCCUUACAGUGCACUGGUAGCGGCAGUGCCUGAUUCUUCUAUUGGAGAACCUCCUUACAAGGGGAAUAGUUGGGAGGGAAGACCAAUUGGAGGUUUUGGGUCUCAAUCCCAUUCAGUGAAUGAUCACUCUUCACAUAGGAAUUCUUCUCGGAGGGGCAACUUUAAUAGUCAUGGGAGUAGGCGUGAUCAAGACCGUGAUUGGAAUGCUUCUCGAAGUUCUAAUGCUAGAGAUGUUCACUUAUCACCACAUCAGAUAGCUCCGCCCGGGGGUUUCAUAAGAUCACCAUCACCGCCGCCGCCGCCGCCACCACCACCAGCAGGAUAUAUGCCCUUCAUUACAUCCCCAUCUGUGAGACACUUUGGGAACCAUAUGGGUUUUGAUAUGACAUCUUCAUUUUGGUAUGUCCCAAGCGGGGUGCCAUUAAUUUCUCAUGCACCACCGCCUCUGCCACCUAUGUUUUCUCCUGUUGCUAAUUUACCUGCUUCAUUACUCAAUCAGAUAAACUAUUACUUCAGUGAUGAUAAUUUGGUGAGAGACGACUUUUUGAGGUCCAAUAUGGACGAUGAGGGUUGGGUUCCCAUUACUCUUAUUGCUGGUUUUCCUCGAAUUCAACAAUUGACGGUUAACAUCAAGUUGAUAUUGGAUUCCUUGAGAACUUCAUCAGUUGUGGAAGUAAAGGACUACAAGGUAAGGAGGCGUUACAGUUGGAAGAAGUGGAUACCCAAAUAUGGUUGGUUUGGCACCGACUCAGGUUCACAGUCCCUGGUUGGAUCAACUUACAAUACAAUCACAACCUCUUUGCAGAAGGUCACAUUGGAUGAAGCAAUUGCUAACAAAAGUAGUAUUACGGGUAAGGAAGAUUCUUCCACAGGGGCAGUUCCAUGUAGAGGUUCAUCUGAGGAUUUGACUAACCACUCAAAAUUGGCCAACGGAGAGUGUAUAAUUGAAGAAGCUUGCUCAAGCCAGAUAUGAAGAUUUGUGCUCUAAAUUUUUUUCGGUGAAUUCAGUCAAGGCUGCUGCACUAUUUUCUUAGAUCAUUCUUGGAUUGGAAGGAGGGAGAGGGGACCAGUAUGAAAGCUUUAGGAAUAUUGAUUUGUUGGGUUUUCUUGUUGAUGGAAUUGAAAUUUGGCAGUUAAGGAGGAAGUUAAAUGGUAAGUACACAGAGAAAGAGGAGUGGAAUAUUAUUGACUUUGGGUAUGUGGUUAUUGGGUUGUAUAGUUCAAGUUGUGCGGCUGGAUGAUGCUUUUGUGUUCUGGUGAUGCAGUCUGAGGUAAUUGAUUUGCUUUUAGUAGAACAAAUUUUGUGGUGAUUCCCCAUCACUAAGUUGAGUCUCUGGUAGCUUUUGUUUUUGUUUUUGCAUUUUUUUUUUUUCUGAGAGAGUUUGUCUAUGAUACGAGAAGCUUGAGAGAUAUUGCACAACUGCUCCGGUGGUAUGAACUGGGUGGCUGAUCUCUGCUUGGUUUCAUGAUAUUAUACUUUCGUAGGCCUUUUAUGUUUAUUUAUACUUUUUAGGUACGUUUUCUUUUUUCUUUUUAUCAUUUAUUUAAUUUCAUUUGCGGACCUUAUACACAUUUGCCAUUUGGCAUACAUCUCUUGACAUAUUCUUCAAGACCUUUUUGAAUUUUAUUUUAUUUUAUUUUUUUUGGCAUUAAAAUUUGACCUCAAUAUAGGACAGUUAUGACGCACACAUGGGAUGUUUAAUGUAAAACUGAAUUUAUUUUAUGAA